GGAGCUAGGUGGGGGCGUGUCUACACAAUGGCUACACUGUUGAAGAAAAUUAAUGUGUUCUCAAGCUACAAAGCUUGUCCCUGGCGAAGAUGUCUGCAUCUACUCUGUUAUAAGAAUGCUGGGACGGAGGGGGCGACACUAGAGCUGCCUAAUCAAGAUGUACCGAAUGUUGCAGCCGGUGUAGGAGGUGUAGUUGUGUACAGUGGAGACAGGGAGAGCUCUUGUGUGUGGUAUGCCUCGUGUCUGCUUGAAACCCCACCCAGUGCGUGGAUGAGACUAGACCUGCCUAGGCCGAGGAGGGUAGAGUCAGUAACUGUGGGGAGGUGCCAUAUUGCAGCAGUCCUUGAUGACCACACUGUUUACACUGCUGGUUCAAAUUCAUUUGGGCAAUGUGGUCACCAUGGAAACAGCGAGAAGGAGCUCAAGUUAAACCCAAUCUCAGGAUCUCUUUACAAGCAGGUUGCCUGUGGACUAGAUCACACUCUAUUACUGACAGUGUCUGGAGAGGUGUUGGCUUGUGGGUGGUCCGCUGACGGCCAGACUGGUGUUGGUCACUAUGACAACGUGUACGAGCCAACCUCAUUGGACGUCAGCAAUGUGCUGAGUAUGCAUACGUGUGCAGAUAGUUCCUUUGCAAUCACAAAGUCAGGAGAGGUGUAUGCCUGGGGCAAUAACGAGUAUGGACAGCUGGGUCUAGUCACACCACAAGAGCAGGUUUCUCACCCUAUUCUAUUGGACAUGUCUGAUCUAGACUCGGACGUUGUCUCAAUAGCAGCUGGAGGUGCCUUCACUGGCCUGCUAACAUCCCGUGGCAGUGUGUAUGUGGCCGGCUACAGUAUUGAGGAUCCAAGCUUGUGUGUGAAGGAAGGGACAGGGGGGACAGUCAUAAAGCCCGAGGCUCUGAGUAGAUUCAGGAAACUGGCGACUCACGAAGAAAUUACAAGUCUAGAUGCUGGACUGAAUUAUUUGGUAGCUGGUCUCCAUGGCAACUCGGGUGUGCCUCGUGAGCUGUUGGUCUGGGGUCGAAGUCCGUGUGACGAUGCUAAUUAUGUACCUAAUAAGAGGGUGAAGGUGGAUAAAAGUGUUACUGGAUUGAAUUAUGGACCAACUGAAAUUGUAGCUACCGUAAUGGACAAAACUACUUUUGCAGGCACUUCAAUACUGAACCUAGAGCAGGCCUCAACUCGGCAUGUCACAUGAUAUUGAUUGCGGCUCUAUUUCAACCAACGGCAAACUUUGUUAGUGAGACCAUUCUCUAGUGUUGUCAGCUCUCUAUAUCGGGCUUCAAGGAAACACUGACAAACUUAUACCAAACAAUUUAGCGUUGGAAUCUCACUUAAUUUUAGCACUUAGAGCGAUUGUUAAUUUGUACUCUCACAUGUCUAUGCUAAUUGUACAUGAGUUUACUAUUAAUUAUUAUUUUACAUGA